ACUUUUCCCACAGCUAAUUUUUGCAGGCAUUUUUCCUGUACAAUUAUUGAAAAAAGUUAAUCAUCAAUCAACUAACAUUUUGAGACUUUUCUCCAAAUUUCCUCAAUGUGUUGCCUUUCUUUUAUUCAAAGUGGAGUUGAGUGAUAGAAUGUAUAACUGAGUGAAAGGAAAGAUUGGAACUAUGGCCAUUCUCAUAAGUCUCAAUAAGAAGUAUGUGUGGGCAUGAAGGGGUGACAUUCUAAUCUACUACAACUCUUCCAUUAAAUUAGAAGCCUGUACUGCACCUGUGUCAGGUAGAGUGCUGCGCACUUGAAUGACAAUUCUUUGCAAAAGCAACUGUUAAAAAGUCUAGGCUACAGGAGGCACUACCACAGUUUGGAUUCAGGUUGAAUGGAAGCUUUCUUCAGUAAAAGUAGGGACUGAAGAAAAGGAAAAAGAAAAGCAUCAAGGUGAACAGCAAACCUCAAUAUGGUUUAGACUGAAAUAAUAUGUGCCUCACAAGGAGACACACAUCCAAAGCUACUGUCCCCAGCCAGCAUCUAGGAUCUGUGAAAAGAUUCUCCUGUGAGUAGCAAAAGAGGCAAUGAAGAGAGAUCAUUGUGGAGCCUGGGACAGGAGAUACAGGAAGCUUCCAUGUUCUACGUAACCUUAUGCCCUUUCACCUUCAAGAAACUGUAUACAAGUAGCCUCUGUUAGCUUCCCUGCAAAUGACACCUGAACAGUAAUGUGACCCUCUAAGAGUGGUCAUGUAUACCUUAGAGCACAAAGGUAUACAAGGUGGCCAUUUGCUUUGAUUUUAUUAUAUUUGAGGAUAGGGUAAUAGUGUAAUAAACUACUAAGUUUAUAGAACUAUAACUGAGGUGAAUCACGCCACAGGUAGAGUUUGUCCCAGCUGUAGUCUACACUCCUCUUUGAAUCAAGGGAAUACAGACUCUACAAGGUGACUGGGAGUGGAGAGGUAUGAGGUUUUUCUUUAAUUUUGAGAUUCUGAAGAUAUAUCUGCACAUGAUUUGAUCAUAAAUACAGAGUACACCAAAAGCUCAGUGUUUCUCCAUGGGAGCCAUUUGAAAUUUCACUUGUGGAGAAAAGGUUUCCCCUUUAUACUAGAACUAAUGUUUUUCUUAAUAGAAAAACAAAAAUAAAAGUCAAUAGAAAAAUGAAUACAUGAGAGUUAGAGGUGAGGUUCUUUCUAUGGGGAAAAAGCUUUGUCCUCCGGGCAAGAUAAGUUUAACAAUGAGAGGGUUGGGAGUUGAUGAUGCAGAUGGGUUUGCAGCUGGAACAACAGGCCCUGGGUCCCACAAAAACAUGGUCGGCUGGAAGGUUGAAAUAAAAAGGCAGAAGGGUACACAGCAAAGGCAAUAAAACAAUAGUGGAAAGACUCUUGGCUCUCAAAGAUAGGAAAUUGGCAGCAUGGGGGAAGGGGAGUAGCCAGCUUCAUAUACCAACUACUGAACAAAUGUUGUUAAAUAUUGCUUGCUGUGAAUUAAACUUCCCAAUAUAGCUCUGUGCCAAAAAUGUUCAACAAGAUAUGGUGCAUGUGCAAAAAGCACUACUUGAUUUAAUGUCACAAACACAUACUAUGUAAAGAGCAAAGCUCAUAAAAUUCAUACCGUGGAUAUUUUGUGGCAGCCAAAGUCAGCUGAAGGAGGUGUGGGUGGUGCUAUUCAAGGGGUUCAUGGGCAUAUGUGGGGGUGGCAUGAACACAAAGCUUAGGUUCCAACUAAGAAAGAUAGGUCAGAUAUCCUUCUAAGAUUUAGUAAAUUAAGUAACGUUUGUUAUCUAUUGUAUACUACGUCUUGUCCUGGGUCCCAUAUUUACAUCCGUGAACAUGCCCCUCAAGAGCUUACACAAUUAGUAAAAUGUUCCAAUAACAGUAGAGUGUUAGAAGUAUUAAUAGAAGUUCACCCAGAGGCUGGGAAGGUGGAUCAGAUUUAAGGGUUUUCAUUCUUCUUGCCAAGAACCUGACUUCAGUUCUGAGCACCCAUAAGGCAGCCCACAGCCUUCUGUAACUCUAGUUACAGAGAAUCUGACAUCCUUUUCCGGCGUCUGUGGGCACUGAAUGAAUACAGUGCACCUAUACUUACAUAGUUACAUGCAAAACACUCAUACGCACACACAAACAACAAUUGUUUUAAAAGAGGUCCACUCAGGUGUUCGGGUGGGUUAAUCCAGCCUAGGUUUAACAGGGUGGGCAAAGUAUGAAAGCAUCUGUGACUGUGAGUUGAAUGAAGCGGUAAUGUAAGCCAGUGUGGGAAGAAUUAACUUGGAUAGUCAUCAGGAGGCAUGUGAGCUGGUGUUUAUUCAGAAAAAAUAUAUUGUAGCUUCUGAUAGCACAUGAGGAAAUGUGGCCUCUAAUAAGGCUACAGAGAUAGAUGAAUAUAUUUUUCUCUUCCUUCGCCUUUGAUGAGAAUUGUUAUGUUGUAGGGGAGCUGAUUGGUCUUUGCUGACUGGGAAGGAAACACUUUGGAUGCUCAUGAGAUAGUGUGUCUUACCAUCAUGGGCACCCACAUAGUUGCUAUCUCUCCUGAGAAUUGCUGUCAGUAGCAAGAAAAACUUUAGUGAUGCCAUGGAUUUUAAACACAUAGUCACAAAACCACUGUGCUGGCAGAAUAUAGUGGAAUGGUUAAUAGCAUUUUUCUUUUAUGUAUGUACUCGCAAGAAAGCACGCAGGGUAAAUCUUCGACUGUCGAAUUUACAAUCUAGCUCCCAUCAGUGGAAUGCUGGUGGUCAGGAAAACUCCCAGUGAAGACUUCUUGGAAUGCAGGGGCAUUGACCUUUGCCAUGCUUGUUCUAAGCCUAGGUGUUGGCUCCCCUGGGGCAUCUCAGGGUUAAGAGAUUUUCAGAAAGUGCUUCCUUGUGCACAUCAGAACUGCAAAUGUCUGCAUUAUUAGUGUCAUUUUGUUUGUUCAACUCACAGGAACAUCUGUGUGGGGGGUUGCUGUGGUGAAGCUCGUGUUGGAUCCUGAAGCAGUAAGAUAUGUGUGUGUGUGUGUGUGUGUGUGUGUGUGUGUGUGUGUGUGUGUGUGUGGUGAAAGACAGAUUGCUAAAAACACCAAAUGGUUCAUAGAAACCCUUCUAUUCUCUCUGAGCCCACGACGGAUGUCACUUAAUCUUCGUAUCCUGUUCCCUAAUUGAUGACCUAGUUACCCUCUUAUGGUGUUUGGAAUCUCUGAAGGGUAACAUACAGAAUGUAAACAAACAAGCUUUUACGUGCUACAAGUUUGAACUCAAUUGAAAUUCACGAAAACUACUUAUUGCUAAUAAGCAUUGUGGAAAGAGAGGCUCAUUCCAAUGGGCCUGAGCACAGUGUGGGCAUCUUCUUUGUUCUGUUCCUUACAAUGUCAGAAACAAGAUUUCUUUAGAGUUUGUGAGGUUCUACCUGCCUUGCUUUCUUCUGCAUCUCCAGAAUCAUUUAGAAUAUUAACAUUUGAGGCCAAAAAUCAUCAGCAGAAGACUCUCAGUCGUGCUACCUUUCCCUCAGCUGCAUGUCUUCUUAGGUGUCCUGCUUCAUAGAAAAGGGUUGUGCAAGACCUAGUUAAGAUGCCUCUCUUGACACUGCCACAGGAGGCAGAAGAUACUUAGUGGGCAGUAAAGAGAGCUCUCAAAUAGCUGACAGGAAGUGUAUUAGUCAGAGCCCUCUAGAAUCUCAGAACUUAUGGGUAGUCUGAAUAGAGUAAGGGAAUUUGUUGAUUUACAGUCUUUAGUCCAAGUCCCCAACAAUGGUCAGCAGCAGCUAUGAAUGGAAGUCCAAGGAUCUAGCAGUGGCUCAGUCCCACGAGGCAGGCAGGUGAAUAAGAGAGGAUCUUCCUUCUUCCAAUGUCCUUAGGUAGGUCUCCAUCAGAAGGUGUGUCCCAGAUUAAAGGUGGGUACCACCACACUUAGAUCUGGGAGUUGCUUUUUCCCCAGAUGACCUUGAACUCAGAGAUCUCCUUGCCUUAAGCUCCUGGGAUUCAUAGCCACUUUGCCUCAAGAUCUCCAUGCCAAGAUCCAGGUCAGAAACUUGUAUCUCCCAGCCUCCAGAUCAGGAUCAAAGGUGAGCCUUCCAAUUCUGGAUUGUAGUUCAUACCAGAUACAGUCAAGUUGACAACCAGGAAUAGCCACCACAGGAAGGAAGCAGAGACACUGGAUUCCACCCUCUGUAAAGAAUAGGAAAAGAGAAAUUGUGUCCUCCUGGCUUCUUCAGUGCAUUUUGUUACCUCAUAAGUCUGUCCAGAAGUUGUUCAAAAGUGUCAGUUAACCUGGGCUCUCUAGUGAGACCAUGUUUCAAAGAAAAUACAAAAUAAAACAGCUAGUGAGAUAGCUCAAUGGGUAAAGUCACUUGCUGGCUGAACUUGACAACCCGAGGAAAGCAAAGCAACAAAAUAAACAGCCAGGCACAGUGCUGGGCACGGAAUGCCAGCAUUCAGGAGGCUGAGGAGGAGAAGCAAGAGUUUGAGGACAGUCUUGUCUAAGUAGUAAGACCCUGUCUCUUAAAAUUACACAUACACGCCCAGGUAGACAACGGCCUGUGGAACAACAUGCUUAAGGUUUACUGGGACGACUGUGAUACGUAUCUUACCCAUGAUUCUCCAUCUGUGAGGAAGACACACUGCAGUGGUCAGAAACACAAAGAGAAUGUGAAAGAGUAUUACCAGAAAUGGAUGGAAGAGCAGGCCCAGAGCCUGACUGACAAAACAACGGCUGUGUUUCAACAAGGAAAGAUCCCUCCAGCUCCCUUCUCUGCUCCUCCGCCUGCAGGGGCCAUGAUCCCACCUCCCCCCAGUCUCCCCGGUCCUCCUCGGCCUGGCGUGAUGCCUGUACCCCACAUGGGAGGCCCUCCUGUGAUGCCAGUGAUGGGCUCCCCUCCUCCUGGGAUGAUGCCUGUGGGACCAGCUCCUGGGAUGAGACCACCCAUGGGAGGCCACAUACCCAUGAUGCCUAGGUUUCCAAUGAUAAGACCUCCCGCCCGCCCUAUGAUGGCGCCCACACAGCCUGGCAUGACCCAGCCAGACAGAUAAGAGCAGAAAUGCUCUUUAUCCUUUUGUAUUUCUUGUUGUUUCACCAGGAGAUCUUGGUGCUGAGCCUGAGUGUUUACUAGGUGCACGACAAGGAACUUCCUUUCCUAACAGAGGGAAUGCUUCUGGA